AUGUUCACCACCGAUCCUACAAUCGCAUUCUUUGAAGAACCAUCGCAAGUAUUCGAGAAAGAAGGGACCGGAGAUGAACCAGAACUCGCUGGAGGGUUUGCCGAAGAAAGCUGGACUAUACUCGGUUGCGACUCUGGCAGAGGCUCGUCUCUGAAGACAACAUCGGAGAUCAGCGAUGAUAAGCGCGAACGCGACAGCCCCUCUGAGAGUCAGGACACCAGCAGCAUAAGCCCAAGUAAUCCGCCUUCUACCAUAUCGGAUGGAACGAUCGCUCGUACUAGUCUCAAACGGCGACGCUCUAGCUCCUCAGCAUCAAUCUCAAACGGUGCGCAACCUUACCCAGUGAUAUCAUAUGCCAGCGAUCUUCUUUCAUCAAGCAACAAUGCGUAUCUGACUGAAAGCCUGCUGAGGAUCUAUCAUGAUAGUUUCGAAAACGCACUUGCAUGCUGGGUCACAGAAAGAACCUGUCCCUACAGUGCAAAAUCGGAUAACCUGCUAGCCACAAACGCUAAGCCUGAUUGGAAUCGAAUCUAUCACAGAGUGGUGCGCCUCGAUAGGCUAGCCUCAGCCAUCAGAGGGCGCAAGCUUACUCAAACGGAAGACCGCGCAGCAUCUAGAGCUCUAGACUUGGCGGUCUUUUCCUUCGCUUCACAAUGGGCACAGUCCAGUCCCAGAAGCAGAACGAAGUACCCGUUCCACAGCACCUCGACCGAUGGUGGCAGUAGCGUUUUUGAUAGCAUCGAGGACGAAUGCGCACCGGCUGGCGUGAACUUUGAUCGUACCCUGCAGAUAUCAGCGUGGCAUGAGGCGCGCAACGCACUGCAAAAAGCCGGUGAAGUGGAGUCCUUCCGGGUGGUACUUGCACAGAUCAUUUUCGCCCUGACACAACGGCCUGUGGAGGCAGAAGGGGCUCAGGAUGAGCAGAACGCUCUGUCAAAGACCGAACUACUGGCGACCGACGCCUGCACGGAAGUCCCGAUGGAACAGACCCCUAUGCUUUCGACCGAUCAGGACGUCGAUGAGUGCGCGGAUCUGAUGUCGAAGUUGGAUCUCGCUAUUGAGUCCGACGGACCUCCUGUACAUCUUGAAUCAGGCCUUCGACUCAUUCACUCCUUGAGGUCGCGCAUGACCAUGUCGAGAGAAGCGCGAUAUAGCAACCCCGGAUCAGGGCGCUCCGCACGGCAACGACGCUCACCCGUUGUGCGUCUUGAAGACGCUGAUCGUGCGACAGUGGACCUCCUGUUCUGGGUCGGUGUCAUGUUCGACACGCUAUCGGCAGCCAUGCACAAACGACCACUGGUGGUGUCGGAUGAAGAUAGCGAUGUAGUCAUGAGCGAAAGCAUGCAGAUUGAGCACUCGGCCCAACAAGCGGCAACACCUUCCUCUACAGACGACGGACUGUGGGACGACUACUUGUUUUCUCGGCAACAGCAGAAUCCAGAACAUGCGCCCACAAGAUGGCCAUGCUCAUUCGAUGAAGCCGCAGCUGCGUUGUGUGACGCAGCCCCAGUCAAGGUAUUGCUGUUCAGAAGAGUCUGUCGCAUCCAGACGCUUCUCACAAGAAACGCACGAGGCGCGAAGGUCGAAGAGGCUGUCAGUGCCGCAAUGGAUGUGUGUAACCACUGGGAUGCGCUGUAUGCACCCUUCGUCCGAGACUGCAUACAGAACCACGACCGCCUUCCACCGCGCGUCCAAUCAUGGUACGUAUGCGUCACCGGACACUGGCACCUUGCGACUCUCCUGCUUGCGGACUUGAUGGAAGUGGUAGACGAAUCAGAGCUUGGACUCGAGGAAGCGACACAUCAACGGAAUAUUAGUGCCUUCAUCGCGAAAUUCCGCGAGAACCAAUGCCGGGUCCUAUCAGACCUAGCGAGCUGUGCAUGCCCGCGCGAAGACGCAUCAUUCGCACAGUCCGAGUUCCAUUUCGCAGUCAACGAAGGCGCACUGCUGACGGAGCCAUGGACUGUAGUUUUGAUUCGCGCGUUCGCCAAGGCAGGCGUACUGUUGCUUGAGUUAUGGGACACGAUUAAGAAGCACGAAGAAAGCGUACCCGUCGCGCAACUCGCCGAAGAGCAUCACCGGCGUCAUGGCAGGUCACUUCGCAUUGCUGUCGACGAGGCCGAUUGGCGCUUCAACAACCUCACUGUGCAGCAAGUCUACACCAUACGGGAGACCUCCAACGAGUACGCCUACCAAGGCAUCGAGAAAGCUAUGUUCUACCGUAUCUGCCGCCUUCUUACCCUAAACAUUCAGCUCAUAUUCGUCUUCGAUGGCCCCGGUCGACCUUGGAAGCGGGGAAAGCGAGGUGGAGCACGGAUAAACUACGAGGAGCAGCGCUUGCUCAAGGAGAUGCUGCAAUACUUUGGGAUCCCAUACCACGAGGCCCCGGGGGAAGCAGAGGCAGAAUGCGCUCGUCUGCAGAUUCUGGGCAUGGUUGACGCUGUUUGGUCGCAAGAUUCUGACAGUCUCAUGUUUGGCUGCACCCUCUGGCUACGCGAUCACCGUGUCGCGAAAGAAAAGGGCACGACAGACAGGUCCAAGGAGAACACCAAGAAGAAUGGGAAAUACGCGAGCGUUGUGCGAGCACACGAUCUGAAAGAGAGAUAUGGCCUAGACCGAGAAGGACUUGUGCUCUUUGCUAUGCUUGUCGGUGGGGACUACGACGUGAAAGGUCUACCACAGUGUGGGCCGUCUCUAGCCCUGCAGGCAGUCAAGCAAGGACUCGGUCGGCGGCUUUGUGCCUGUCGAGAUCAGAUGGAGUGCGGCAUGUGGACUGUGGAGCUGGCCAUGUUCCUGGAGCGGAGUGCUCGCGGGCGCGCUAUCGAAAUCCCGCCAGCCUUUCCAGACUUCAAGAUCUUACAAAAGUACUACAAACCGAAAGUCACCAGCGACGCGGAUUUACUUAGCAAGUCGCGCCUCAACCUUGACUAUGUUCGCCCGAUCCAGGAGCUGAAGUUGCUUACACUUACCAGCGAGCGCUUCAACAUAUGGGGACGUUUAUACAUGAACUGGGUUGGGCCUGUGCUGCUGACACGAAGCCUCACCGCAAGAGAUCCGUCUCUACCACAAGAACUGGUCCACGGAAUCAGGCUCACAAAGCAAAAAGCGAAGAAAACCGACAACGAAGUGACCAUACGCACUUUCGAACGUAAGCUGACCUUUUCACCCUUUGGCGUCACUACCCUGAGCAGAGCCGACUUCGAGGGUGAGCGUUUAGGGUGCUGGAAUGGAGACAAGCAGACCUUGUUUGACCCAGAGCAUCGUGUCGAAUGCGAAUAUCCUGAGUACUGGCUGCGUAAAGUUCUUCCACCGGACGUACUAGAACCGCCCCCUGCACCACCAAAGCGUACGCCAAAACGCAAGCGACCAAUAGCUGAAGUUGGGGAAGACGGCGAAGCCUCAGGCACAGCUAAGCGAAAACGUACGAACAAAGGAAACGAUAUCUCCGCUACCCAGGCUACAUACAGUGCAUCCCCCAGGAAAUCCAGAGGACCAGCUGCGAAGGCCAAGUUUCAAGAUACGCAGAUGACGCCGACAGCACAAAAGAUCUUCGAUUAUAUUGCACUCUCUGACUCUGAAGAUGAGGAUGGGCUUUCUCUACCAGCCAACACUCGCUCUCAAGAACCUGCAUUGAAUCAACCGACGACAUCUCACAUUAUUGAUCUUGGUUCGCCUGAGCCGUCAGAUCAGGAGAACGAUUCAUCCGUUUCGGAUCCUUUCCGGAAUCCUGUAGCAAACACAUUGCCAUUCGAUAUCCCAGAUGAAGAAGACGAAGAGCUGCAGCGCCAAGAUCCCCCCAAUACAAAGGUCUUCCGCUUUACCUUCUUCAAAUCGUGGCAGAUAUGA